AUGAGCAAGGACACAGAAUAUGGCAUCAUUGUGCUUCAUGAGCCGCAGAACACAUUGGCCAGCACGGAGAAACCCCAGGUAAAUAACAUCGUCUUCGAUCUGGUCGCAAUCCAUGGCCUAAAUGGGGACCCCAUCGAUACAUGGACACACACGGAGACUGCAGUAAUGUGGUUAAGAGAUCUUCUACCUGCGGCCAUUCCAGACAUCCGUAUCAUGACUUUUGGAUACAAUGCUCGUUUCAAGAAUUUUACGGCCCAGCAAGAUCUACGUAGCAUAUCAUCGAAGCUACUCGCUGAGCUAGUAGAUCUACGAACAACCGAAGAUGAGAAAAGACGGCCUCUAGUGUUUGUUUGCCACAGCCUGGGUGGCAUCGUAGCGAAAAAGGCGCUGUUGAUCGGUUGUUCCGCGGAGCAGGAGCGAGUACAACAGUCUGUAUAUGGAAUUCUAUUUCUUGGUACCCCUCACAACGGAAGCAGCCUUGCAGUCAUGGGAAAGCUCCUAGCAAAUAUCGUCUCCACGUUCUCGCCAAUGCGAGCACCUCGCGCCCUCAUAGGGAUGCUCCAGAAGGACUCGGAGGUACUGCUAGAAAUUACUGAAGAUUUUCUCAAGAGAAGGGGAAAAAUACGCCUUAUAUCAUUCUACGAGCUGGAGUUCACCUCUAUUGGUCCUUUUCUUAAAAAGAUGAUCGUCGAACAACGCUCUGCAGUUUUAAAUGUGCCCCACGAGAUUACCAUUCCGCAGUUUGCUGACCACAGAAAUAUUGUUAGAUUUAGAUCUUCCCAGGAUCGGUCGUUUCGUCCUCUGCUGUCUCGGCUAAAAGAAUUCGCUCAGACCCUACGCAGUUGCUCAUCGGAUGGGACACAGUCAUACGCAGGGAGAAAUAAUGAGAAAUCUAUCCCGUUUGACCUGAACACGCAACCAUGCUCGUUCUUUCGCGGAAGAGAUGACAUACUUCGUAUUCUGAGGACGUACUUCGAUGAACAUGCGGAUCAACUACACAGGCGACGUACAUUCGCAAUAUGUGGUCUAGGAGGGGCCGGAAAGACACAGACAGCUUUGCACUAUGUCAUACAAAACUUGUCUAAAUAUCCGUCGGGCGUCGCCUUCAUCAGUGCGGCAUCGCUGGCGUCGCUCUCAGCCGACUUUGACCGAUUACAUGACCUUCUUAGGUUGGGUGACUCUAAAAACAAGAUCGGUGCCGUUCGGACUUGGCUAUCUCGGCCUGAAAAUAGACAAUGGCUCUUGGUAUUUGACAACGCCGAUGAUCUGAAUGCUGUGCCCGUUCACAAAUAUUUCCCAGCAGUGAAUUGGGGCCACAUAAUCAUCACCAGUCGGGACCAGGCGGUAAUCGGCAGUAUAGCCGACAGCGGCCAUAUUCUGAGUCCGCUAGUGGAAAAAGAGGCAGUAGAACUGCUGCUUGAGAAGUCUGGGAUACAGUGCCCUUCGGAAAGCGAUAUUAAAGACGCAAAGACGGUCACAGGACUUCUUGGUUCUCUUCCUCUCGCUUUAGUGCAAGCCGGGGCAUUUAUUCGCUCAAGACACCGAAGCCUUCGAGAAUAUUGUAGGUUAUAUAUGACUCGACGAGAUGAUUUGCUUAGCUACGCCUCACGUCUUGGGGAGUCUGAAAAGGCCGUCCUAACAACAUGGGAAAUCAAUUUUAAGCAAGUCGAAAAGGAGUCCUCGGGGGCCAUCUGUUUGCUUCUCCUCUUCUCUUUUUUGGAGCCAUCCUCGAUUCCAGAAAUGCUCUUACACCGAGGCACCACUCCUCAGAAACGUUGGAGUGAGGCUGGAGGUAUGGUUGAGGUAACGGCCGAGAUUGAAGGGGUGGAAAAGGACUUGGUCCAAGUCAUACAAGGCGAUUUUGACUUUGAUACGGCUGUGGAGAAAUUACUCUCAUUCUCGCUGAUUUCCUGCAACAAAGAAUCAGAGGGGCUUAGAAGCUUUUCCAUUCACCCUCUUGUCCAGUACUGUGCUGCGAAACGGUUAUCGUCAGCAGAUGUGAGAAAAUGGCGCUGGCAGGCUCUUUUGCUAGUCUGUCACGCAUUUCCAAGAAAUCGCUUCCUUGAGCCCUUAAACGGGGAGAUCGGUAGAACUCUAUUGCCCCAUCUGAGCCGAGUUCUUUCUGAGUAUGAUGCCAUGUGCCUUGAGGACGGAGAUCAUGUCUCCUUUCGGCACGAACUCGCAUCCACUCUCCUCGCCGCAUCACGGUUUUCGAAUGCAAAAUGGAAGGUCGAAGCAAUUGACCGUACGAAGAAGCUCCUUGAAAACGACGAUGAUCUUUACCUCAAUGCAUGGCUAGCAUAUAGGGAAAGCUCAGUUAUGAGAAUGUCGGGAAAGGGAAAAGAGUCGGAGAGCGCGCUGUACAGGUUUCUUCGCGAUUCGGCGGCGCCUAGAGAGGGAGAGUUGGAGCUAAGUAAGAGAUAUAACGCUCAACGCGGAGAGCUUAUCAUCUCAUACGCGGAGAAUCUAAUUCGUGAAGGGAAGCUCGAUGAGGCGAAGGCAGAAUUGACGGAGUGGAGCCCGAUAGAUACGGUUCCCUCUCCUCUUGAAAAGAUAACAUCAAGAGCACGAGACAUAACCCUAGGGAAGAUCCUUCGAUUCCAGGGCCUCUUUCGGGAAGCCUUAACUCAGCUUGAUGCUAUCUUUCGAGACUGCCUUCUUGACGACUACUUCGAGGGCACUGGCUGGUAUCGAGUGCUUCUUUCGGAAGUAGCAGAUCUACAUUGCGAAGCAAGCCAGCCAGCCGAGGCUGAAAAGCUCCUAGUCCAUGAGCUGACCCCUAUGAAAGAGAAGGGGACCCAGGAUAUCGCCACGGGCCGAAGGCUACGAAUGUCGCUCGCAGAGACCUACCUGCAACGUAACAUGUUUGCGCAAGCUGAGGACCUUCUGCUUGAGCUUCAGCGAGCAUUUUCAGCGUCUGGUGAACCAGAUUAUAAUGCUCAAUACAACAAUUUUCGAAUUUGGAUUUCACUCGCAAGAAAAUCUCAUAGGCAGUUUGAGUGGGAGGAAGCCCUCUUGCGCUGGAGACACGCUUUAUCGGCUUUGGAGCGCCUCAAGAUGGAUAGUGGCUUCAACGCAGGUCUUGUGCGUUGCUCUAUCGCUCAUGUGCUUUUUAUGACCGGUCAUAAGACGGAGAGCUUGCAUGUACUGCACGAGGCGAGGCAAAACAUGGCAUCGGAGGCUCAAGUAUAUUGGGUUCCUAUGUUUAAUUCCCAAUGGCAUGCGUACAUUACCAAGACCAUGCAAGAUCUCUACCAGGGAGGAGAACUGGGUUUGUGA